UGUUUUCUAUAGUAAUUUUAAUUUGAUAGUAUUAUUGAUUGUAAAAUAUCAGUUGUAUUCAUUCGAUUAUCUCGUGUCAAUGGUUAAUACUUAGAUACUUCACAUUAAAUGAAAGUAUAAUUAAAUAAUACUAAAAUGUAAUGAGAACAAUUUUGCAUUGAACAUUACUUUUAACAUCUGGUUUCACAUUUUUUCAAUAAUUUAAGGCUACAUAUUUACAUAUUAGUGCGUUGAAACAUCAAGUUAUCAUACUAUUUUAGUGGAAAUUAUGGUGGAGAACGGUGCAUCUAGUGGCGGUAGCGAAAGUCCGAAUGCAACCACUGGAAGAUCCGGUCUACUAGAAACAUUAGUCCGUGGAGUUUGGUAUCGGGUGCAUUGUUCCUUGGAGGAUGAUUAUCUUAGUGUAUGCUUAGACGAUGGCUACGAUGCUACCACGACUCUAAAUGGUACCUUAAACAAUAACAAUGUCGAGACACCGAACAGUGAUUUCACUGAAGUACCUGAAGCUAUCGCUAAUCAGAAACGAAUGGUACAAGUUGUUAAAUCUGAUAAUAAUGGCUUGGGGAUAUCAAUUAAAGGAGGAAUAGAAAAUAACAUGCCUAUACUUAUAUCAAAGAUAUUUAAGGGUAUGGCAGCGGACCUUACAGAACAACUGUAUGUUGGUGAUGCUAUACUUUCAGUUAAUGGAGAAGAUUUGAAAGAUGCCACUCACGAGGAAGCCGUUAAAGCCCUUAAAAGAGCUGGUAAAAUGGUUCAACUAGAAGUUAAGUAUCUCCGUGAGGUUACUCCAUAUUUUCGUAAAGCUUCAAUUAUUAGUGAAGUGGGAUGGGAACUUCAACGUGGCUAUAUGGUAGAAACUCCACCAUCACCACCAUCACCUAGACGUCGACGUGCUGAUACGAGAUAUGUACCACUCCUCAUGGCCUGUGUUGCAAAGAAUCUUCGACACCAUGAUCCAGAGGAGCGCACGAUAGAAAUCUACUCACCCGACGGCGUGCACGCGCUGGCCCUGCGCGCGCCCUGCAGCUCGUCGGCGGCGGGCUGGCACCGCGCGCUGCACGCGGCGGCCCGCCGAGCGGCGCGGGCGGCGCUGGCGCGCGCGCGGCCCCGCCUGCGCUCGCUCAUAGGGGACGUGCGCUACGCCGGCUGGCUCGCCAGGCGUCCGCCGCAGGAUCACAUGGGCGCGUCCGGCGGGUCCGACGACUCGGACGAGACGGAGGGCUGGCAGCCGACGUUCGUCGCCAUCACGGACCGGGAGCUGCGCCUGUACGAGGCGGCGCCGUGGUCGGGCGAGGCGUGGUGCGCGCCGGCCGAGAGCUUCGGGCUGGCGGCCACGCGGCUGGCGUGGUGGCGGCGCGGCUCGGGCGCGGCGGCGCUGGGCGUGCGCGCCGGCACGCCGGGCGGGCUGUGCGUGCGCGCGCUGCGGGCCGACGCGCCGCACGACCUGGCGGCGGCGGCGGGCGCGCUGGUGGACGGCGCGCACGCCGCGGUGCGCGCGCAGCCCGAGUUCACGUUCCGCUGCCGCUACCGCGGCGCGUGCGCGCGGCUGUCGCUGGGCGCGGGCGGCGUGUGCGUGUGGGAGGCGGCGGGCUCGCUGGGCCGCGGCGGCGCGCGCGCGCUGUACCGCCGCCCGCUGCACGCGCUGCGCGCCUCGGCCGACGACGACCGCGCCGCGCUGUGGCUGCACUUCGCCGACGACGACACGCUCGAGCUGGACAUGGAGGGCAGCCCCAAGCCGGCGGUGUUCAUCUUACACAACCUGCUGUGCGCGCGAGUGCACGCGCUGCCGGCCGACGCGCUCUAGCCGCGCCCCAGCAGCGCCCUAGCCGCGCCCUAGCCGCGCCCUAGCCGCGCCCUAGCCGCGCCAGAGCCGUGCCCUAGCUACGCCCCAGCCGCGCCCUAGCAGUGCCGUGGCCGCUCACUGACCGGCUGCGCGUCUCCUACGACGGUUCGAAGAUUACUUUCUGUUCGUAUGUCCCGGCGUUGCGAUACGAUGCUGUUAUGACUUAGUUACGACGUCGAGUCGGAGUUUUGUUUUCUACAGAAGUGUUGCCGGUUUCUCUAGAGUUCUGUGAGAAUAAUUGACUAUUGGCGAUAUAUUGUAAGUCAUCGCACGAAUAUUUGUCCGAUACAUUCCAAAGCUGUGGUUUAUUUACUUAGUCUCUGUUUAUUAUUUAAAACGUUGUAUCCUGCGCUCUUCCAAAGAACGAAUCUCUGUAAUUUUAUUUAAUAUUAAUACAGUAAGGAUUUGUAUGAUAUGUUAUCGAUUAUAAUAUAUUUUUUAUAAUUUAUUUGUUGUAUAUAAAUAGCUGUAGUGUUUUAUAAUUCGUACGUUCCCGAGUGUAGAAUAGGUUAACUUUAUUUAAUAAGAUUAGAUAAUGUUUGUUCUCGAAUACUCCGCCAUUGAGUUACUCACUUGUUUUAUUAUUAUCUCGAUUGAAGUUUUCGUAAUCGACAAUACGUGCAAUAAUUUAUUAAAAGUCUAGUAAACUAAUAUUUGGUUCUGAUCUGAUGAGUGUAAAAGUAAUAAUGAGUGUAUUAUUAAUAAAACUAAUAACACUCAAACACUAUGACAUAAUGAGGAAUAUAAAAUAAUAUACGGUUUAGCAUAAUUAAUGAAUAUUACUACACCUUUUUAAAAAAAUUGAUUAAAAAGGUAAAAGGACUUUUUUUAUAAUGUGUGUUUUCGUUUAUGUCAAAGGUAUGACUUGUAUUGGACGAAAUGGCUGGUUGUAUAUUUUAUUAUUGGCAAUACUAUGUCAUUGAUUGCACUCUAGCCUUUUGAGUCUCUUGGCCUACGUUUGUAUGUUUGCGCGUAAAUGCAUAUAGUAUAUAAUACGUGGCUUGCGUUGAAAGUAGUUGGUUUUAUUAUAUUAAAACGUUUUAUGCUUUAAAUAUAAAUAAAAUUAAUAAGUGUAUUGAAAAUUCGAAAUUAACUCUUCUCGUUGUGUAUAAAUUAUUCAAUGGUUCAACACUUGAUAGAUUGACUGAUCAGUAAAUAUUGUCUAUUGUAUUUUUUAAUUUUACAUCCGUUUUUUUUUUGUCGAAUAUUUAUUUACAACUUAACUUAGUGCUUAGAUCGACAUUAACAAUAUGAACACACGUGAGCAAUCUAAUUCUCACUGAAUCGAGUGAUCAUCGAGUGACCCGAUUAGUUACCAUAUACAAAAAUUAAAACGCUUAAACGCAUAGAUUGUAAUCAUCAUAUUAAUAAUAAGUUGUGUAAUGAAACAUGUUGCCAUAUCAAUUAGACAAAACUAUUGUAUGAUGUAAGUCAGUAAACUUGUAAUCUCUUAGCAUUUCUAUGAUACAAUUGAUAUUUCUCGGUAUACUAUUCGAUCAUGACUAAUUUUGUACUAUUUGUAAGUAUUAUUAUAUCAUUCCCCCUUGAUAAGUAUUGAGAUCGUCCGGGACAAGAGAUUUGAGACAAAUAACUUGUAUUGGUGUGAUAAUCUUUCUGACUGUUGAUGUUUAUAAUUCAUUGUAUUAAAUCUACAAUAUAUUUAAAUGAAAUAAAUUCUACUGGAAUUUAUUGUUACCAGCACCAAAACAUUGCGCCAAAUGUCUGCCCAAUGAUUUGGAUGU